AUGUCUAACGGUACGGCUGUGGCUCUACUUGAUGGUGUCGAUGCAUGGCCCCACGUCCCUGCUGAAGAAGACCAAAGCCCCAGUGCACAGGUUCAACCUGUUGACCUGGAACAAGAACAAAGUGGCGCUCAGAAUCCUCCGAGUCACGGUGGGUUGUCUUUCAAACCUCAUCCUUAUAUGCCAAUUCCUAGUGGAAAGCCUAUGUGGCCUCCCGCACCUGAGGUUAUGCCCGCUGGUCUAUCCCAUAUGUCGGAAUAUUCUCCCCAUCAUAAAGAGAUUACUGUCAUUGAUGUUGUUGAGUAUUUCUCUCCCAUGUCAGUUGAAGUAAACCAACGACCUACACCACCUGUCGGUGGGAUCUGGGAGGCUCGUCACUGGUAG